ACCUACACAUAGCCUGCAGUGCUGUUAGGUCAAUCUUUUUGAUAGUUACAGUGUUAGUGAUGAGCAAACUUUCUCUCAAAGUGUUUCGUGGAAGAAUAGUCCAUUGCUUGGAAGUGAAAUCAGUUACUGUAGUAGAGGAUGGACUGAUUGGCAUUAACAGCAAUGGACAGAUAUUGUUUGUUGAUGAAGGAGCCAAGAAAGAUGCACUAAUGAAGCAAUUUGGCUUUGAGGAGAGGGACAUACAUCACCUGGAAACUAGUCAAUUCCUUAUGCCUGGACUUGUUGAUACUCACAUACAUGCUCCGCAGUAUAAAUUUACUGGUACUGGAUAUGACCUGCAGUUACUGGACUGGUUGGAUAAAUACACUUUUCCAACUGAAGCAAAAUUUUCUGAUGUUCAACUUGCUUCUGAAGUGUACCAAAGUGUUGUAAAACGGACCAUUAAUAAUGGUACAACUACAGCUAGCUACUUUGCGACUAUUCAUGUUGAGUCUGCCAUUGAGUUGUGCAAAAUUAUAGCUCAAUGUGGUCAAAGAGCUUUGGUCGGUAAAGUGAAUAUGGACAGGGAAUCACCUGAUAAUUACAUUGAAACUACUAGUAGCUCUAUAGUUGACACUAAAAAAUUUAUUGAGUUUGUCGAAGGAAUGAAAAAUCCACUAGUUGAGGCUGUCAUAACUCCGAGAUUUCUACCAACUUGCACAGAUGAGCUACUAAAACAACUAGCAGAGCUGGCAAAGAAGAAAGGACUUAAAAUACAAAGUCACUUGUGUGAACAGCUUGGUGAAGUAGGUUACACAAUGAACUUUUACCCUUCAGAUCAAUACCCUUCACAUCAAAAUUGCACACAAGUGUUCGACAAAAUGGGGCUACUCAAUGAAAAAACCUACAUGGCCCAUUGCAUACACUUGAAAGAAGAGGAAUUGAAGCUCAUGGAAGAAAGGAAAGUUGGCAUUGCACACUGUCCUAACUCAAAUUUCUGUUUAAAGAGUGGAUUAAUGGAUGCACGUGACAGACUGGGAAGAGACUUAAAAAUUGGAUUGGGAACUGAUGUGUCUGGUGGAUUUUCAUCAUCAAUGCUUGAUGCCAUAAGACAUGCAUUGCAAGCCUCACGUGCUCUCCACAUAAAAUUUGAAAAAGAAGGAAAGGAAUAUGAACAACUGACUCUUGAUGAAGCAUUGUACAUGGCUACCAUUGGUGGAGCUAAAGUACUCAACUUACAAGACAAAAUUGGAAAUUUUGAAGUUGGAAAAGAAUUUGAUGCUUUGCUCAUAGAUACAGCAGCUCAUGUUUCUGAUAGUAAAAAGUUGCCAGUAUUUGAUGUAUUUCCUUCUGACACUUUUGAGGAUAUACUGAGCAAGUUUGUUUACCUUGGUGAUGAUCGCAAUAUUAUUAAAGUUUUUGUUGCUGGCCAGGAAAUAAAGCCAGCCAGAAAAUAAAAGUUCACUUUUAUAGUUCACUUUUUUCACUUUUAUAAACUUAAAUUUUAAUCCCCUUUUUAUAUGCUGUUUUAUGUUAGUUUAUAAUAAUUCUGCUACUUUAAAUUUUUUUAAUUCCCUUUUUAUAUGCUGUUUUAUGCCAGUUUAUAAUAAUUCUGCUACUUUAAAUUUUUUUAAUUCCUUUUUUAUUUGCGCUUUUAUGCCAGUUUA